UCAACGCAGUUAACCAAAAAUAGUUUUAACUUCAAAAUUUGUCGAAAAUAGAAGUCAAUAAUAUAUUAAUUAUAAUUUACAUUACAUUUAUAUAAUUUUAAUAUGGCUACAAUUGUGAGAAUAAAACGUAGUUUGCACGAAGAACCUCUCGAUGCUGUGGUUAUCAAUUGCAAAAAGAGAAAAGUCGAAGUUCCAAAUGAAAAUGAGCAAACUGCAGUUUUCAGGUUUAUUGGAACAACUAAAACGCAGGAGGAAGAUGUUUCCAAGCAUAUCAAGCCCACAAAAACUGUGGAAGAGAAGUAUAAAAGGCACGUUUUUAAUAUUACAGAAAAAUUAAGACAACAAGCAGUUAGUGCUUCUAAAAACAGCAGGUAUAAAAUUAUAAACUGCCAGAGAUUGAAAAAUGAAAAUACUUCAACGAGUAGUUUGGUGAAUGAAGAACUGCAUUUUACUAUUUAUGAUAUUGAAAAUGAAAAGGAGAUCAACAAUUCCUCAGAAACUAAUUCAGAUUCAUACCUUUAUGAUUUGUAUUAUGCCCACUGGGCUGAAUUUCAAAAAGAUGUAGAAGACAAUGAGUUAAUAAGUGUAUAUCCAUUAAGUGAUCAACUGAUAUAUGGUUCAUAUAGAGACAAUGGAAUAAAUGAAAGAGAUACAGAUGAAAGUGAGGAUUCUAAUGAUGAAAAUAAUUGGAGGAAUGAUUAUCCCGAUGAAUCUGAUAUGGAAAGUGUUACAGAAGAUGAUAUGUUAAAUGCAGUAAAUAAGAUUAGUUUAGAUCAUGAAAAUAGUUUGUCAAGUGAUGAUGAUGAUGAUGACAUUUAUAAUGAUGAUAACGUAGAAAACACACAAAUUGAUACAGAUGAUGCUAACAGGUAUGGAAAAAUGUAUGCUAGAUUCAANAUAAUACAAUGA